AUGGCUGAAAGUCGGAGUGGAAUAACCAGCUUAAGGGUAGUAAAUGGAAAGAAGAUUAAGUGUAAAGGCAUUAGUACGAUGGAGAUGGUGAUACAGAGAAUGCCAAUGAAUGACAAGGUUUAUUUCAGUAGCAAAGGAGACUUUGAAACCACUUCUAUAUUUCCUGGUCAGUGGAUUACUAGGAGCCUCAGGAGAAAAACUUUUAAAUUGUUAGCACUGGAUUCAACCUACUUCAACCGUUUUGUAUGGGUGUGUCCAAACUGGGAUGUGAAGAGCAAUAACCAGAAAUUCAAGAACGCAUUUGCAUAUUUUGGGACGACAAAUGAAAAACAUGGUAAUAAACCCGCAGCCAAUUGCUUUUGUAUGAGUCGUUCUAAGAGCAGAAUAAGAACUUGCUAUCUAGAAUCAAGAGAAACUGAAACUAUCCCUGAUAAAAUGUGUAAUGUAAAAAAACAAAUAUAUUUUGAGAAAAUUCAAGAAGACCUAGCUUUGAAGUUACUAAAACAGGGCAGGCUGUUUAGAAAACAAGAGAAUGUUGUACUAGAUGUUGAUGAAGAAUAUAUUGGUUAUGAAUUCCCUUUUGCUCCACUUCUUGCUACAGGUUUGACCAUAGCUGAUAUAAUGUCUAUAAUAAUGAGAAAUGAAAGAAAAGCAGACAAUGUUUUGUCUAAGAUAAUCUUUGAAAUUUCUAAACAAAGACAACAUUUUUGUAUGAAAAAGAAGCCAGAAAAUUGUUCCAAAUUUCCCAUGAGCCACAAUUUCGUAUCUGCUAUACAUAUGUUUACUAAACCUUUGUCAUCACUGUCUCCUGCCCUGUCUUGUAAGAAAAAAGUUGCUACAAAGUAUUUAGAAAAAUUUGCUUUAAAGUUAGCAUCAAUGAAAGAGAAACAGUUACUUGCUAUACGUGAAGUUGGCUUUUGUUUUAUUUCACUUCUUAAGACACUUUAUUGGGAAAAUAGCUUUCAGCUUUGUCUUGGUGGAAGUGUUUUAAAUAACAGUAUUCACCAUCUUCAUUCUCUGCAACAGCAAGAAGUCUUUUCCCGCAUUAAAUUCUUUCAGAAAUUCAUGUCUGAAGUUAAGUUCCGACCAAGAUUUAUAACUCUGACAAGGUCUCUCCGAAAUGGUUUUACACUUCGUAAUUACUUUCAUAAAAUUGAGCAGGAAAUUCUCUCCAGUUUUCAGGCUUUUCACUCUAGACUACUUGUUAAUUAUGACAGUGAUUUACUUGGUGGCAAGAUUGGUUGGCCUAAACGUCAUUCACAGAAUGCUAGUCCAACUUUAUCCCACAAAAAUUAAACUGGAUACUUAUAUGAGCAAUGCAUAAAUGUAUUUCUAUUUGUUGAGAAAAUUUUGCUUAGUUUGUGAUUCAAUUUCAUUUUUCAUUGAUUUGGCUAAAUAUUGGUACACUUUUUAAACAAAUUACUGGACAGCUUACAUUUUUUGUUAAGGUUUAGACAAAACAUCAUGGUUUUUCAUGAUUCAUCAUCUCCCAACCUUUGUUCACUUCAAAUAUUAUAUGACUGAUUAGUUUAAAAGUCACACUCGAUGCAAACUUUUAAGCUAGCUCCUGUGGAGAACUAAUUGGGCCUGUGAUCCAAAACUAAAAAGAGCAAUAAUAAUAAAGCAUUUAUUGGUACCUUACCAAUACGGUAUUACCCUACCAAUAUGGUAUUAUUUUAAAUUCAGUUUAAAUAAAAAAAACUUCUACGUUCACAAAUUUUUGGAGUUCUUUAAAAUUUGAAUUUUCAACUGUUAGCUUAUAACAAACCCUCAUCCAGACUUGAUCCCAAUGCUGGAUGUUCAAGAACCAAAUGAAGGACAGAUUUUUCAAUCCAGGUAUCAUCCUGAUUCUGAAAAGGUAUAAUAUGUCUAUGAAGAGCAAAUGUAGACUGAGAUACAGGGGUCCUGGACAGAUGGGCAGAUAGAAUUUCAUGUUUGUUAUUAUAGAUAAACAGCA